AUGAAACGUCAUAUUGAAAACUAUCUUAAUGAUUUUAAUAACAAUGGACCCUCUUAUAAUUCGUUGGAAAUGAUUAUGGAUAAAGCAGAGAUGCAGCACUGCUCUGAAUCACAGGCGAAUACUCUCGAAUUAGAAUCUAAUACUCCUUCUCAGGGUAGUGGUUUUAGGGCUCUUCUUUCACAAGAAAAUAUAGAUGAAUUGUUUAGUUUCAACUAUUAUGCUGAUUAA